AUGCAGAUGCUGUUGGUGGAAGAAAUAGUUGCCUUUUGUCAGAGUGAAAGGACUUCGCCACCUCUAACUCGGAGUUAUGGCAGCCGGCUUGGACCCCAGGGCUUAGCCAAGAAGUUAGCUGUAUACAACAAGAUGCAGGAGUCUCUGGAAGUGACCCUUCCCAGCAAGCAAGAGGAGGAUGAGAAAGACCAGCCUGCCGAGAUGGAGUACCUUAACUCUCGCUGCGUCCUUUUCACUUACUUCCAGGGAGACAUUGGUUCAGUAGUGGAUGAACACUUUUCAAGAGCUUUGAGCCAAGCCAGUAGCUUCAAUCCAGAAACUGCCCUUACCAAGAGCAAAGCAGGGCUAAGUCCUCUGUGGAGAGAAAGCUCAACAAUUUCAAGCCAAAGGAGCAGUUUCCCAACUUCAUUUUGGACCAGCUCUUAUCAGCCUCCCCCUCCACCGUGCUUAAGUGGAAUACACCCUGAUUUCCCCGUUACUGCACCAGGCACCUUCCCAACACCAGAUCCCAGCAGCUGGCCAGGACAUGGCCUUCAUCAGACUGCCCCACCUCCUCCCCCUGCUGCAUCUGAAUCCUGGCAUUACCCUUUAGCAGCAUCUCAGGUGAGCCCUUCGUAUGCACACAUGCAUGAUGUGUACAUGCAUCGCCAUCACCCUCAUCCACACGUGCACCAUCACCAUCCCAGCUCGCACCGUGACCCCAGGUAUGGGUCCCUGCUGAUGCCUUCAGUCCGCACAGCCAGGAUUCCUGCUCCCCAGUGCGACGUGACAAAGACAGAUCCCACCGCUGUCACCAGCGCUACCUCAGCAUGGGCUGGAGCCUUUCAUGGAACGGUGGACAUUGUGCCAAGUUUUGGGUUUGACACAGGUCUACAGCAUCAGGACAAGAGCAAGGAAACUUCUUGGUUCUGAAGUUCAGAUAAAUUAAGACCAGCUAGAGCUGGAAUCAGCGCAGCUGGGCGGGCGAUAUAACUGUCGUUGACUCCUUCUGCAUGGGGCAAAGGACACACAUGAAGAUGAAGAGUCAACCGUUCUGGUUUUGCUAUUGAGCCUUUUGUUUGUAAGGCUGUUUAUGGGUCCCACAGUGUUGGAAAAAACCAAAAACCUAACUUUCCUUGCUUUCCUCAUCUGAGCCUGCUGCAGCUGGGCAACCUAACUCCUUUCUGCUCCUUUAACAGUGUUUUGUUUUGUUCAGCUUGAUAUUUUUAUGAACAGUCUCAAUUGUCAGGAGGAAGACUCUCCCUUGACUACAGUGCGCCUCCUUUCAGGAAUACAGGAUUUUGUAGCUCUUUGUGCAUCUAUUUUUGUAGAAAUACAGAAAGUUUGGGUAAGGAUUGAUGGGCUAUUUUAGGAUGAUGUAUUUUUUUAAAAAAAAUUGUAAAAUUGUUAAGUUCUGUUUAAAGAACUUGCUCUCAGAGAAGCACUGGCAAAAAAAUGUAUAAAAUGCUAUUUUUAGAUGUCU